AUUCAGAGAAUAAGUGAAAACAAUGAAGCAUAAUGUUUAUAUCGAUUUAUGACAUGUUCCUUUGUUUUUUCUUUUUUCGCUAGUCUCAUCUUUUUGAUCUAACUUGGAUGAUAGAGUUAAGUGGAAUUUUUCAACUGUUAACUGGUCACUAAAAAAAUUGUGUCAGAUGAUUGAAGAGAGUUAACUGGAUAUUCUGAAUCUGAAUUUUCUGUUAGUUGGUGAUUGUCAACAAGAUAUAUCUGAAAUAUUAAAGGAGUUGAAAUGCUUUGUCGGACUCGAACCAUGCUCAGUCAGUGUCAGCACUUAUCUAAUAUAGAAAUGAUUAAUAUUUUACAAGACUAGGAUACUCAUCAUUAUUCAUCAAUGAAUGAUAACCAUUUUAAUUUAUGUUCAAUCUAUAUUCAUGAUCUAUCUAUAUCAGUCAAGUUUAACUCUAUGUUAAUCAAUCGUUACUAAAAAUCGAAUGCACCGUGUUUUGAAAGUUACUUAAUUAAAAGCAACAGGCGACCGACAAAACCAUUUGUACUUUGACUACUAAUACUACCAAUCCCAACUACGUGUUUGUUUACUGUUCGCUGGAAUUUCUAAUUGCUCAUAGGUUUUUUUAUAAACUGUUACAGUUUCAGAGAUGGAUGGUUUAAUCAUAAAGAUUUUGUUGUCAUUUUGGACUACAAAAUUAUCACCCUUCUGAGCUACGAAUUCUCUCCAUCAUCAUUUAAUAUAUUCAUGUACUGUAAUAAAUUCAUACAGCAAGCAUAUAUUCCAUAUUAUUUAAGCAUUUAAAGUUAUUUAUUGAUUAAAAUAUAACUUGCUUUCAUGUUAAGUUGUCAAUAGUUAGUCGAAAAAUUUACCACUUUGUCAUAAAUAUUAAAAAAAAAAGUAUAGUGACUUGUCAUCAUGAAUCCUUUAAUAAUACAAAACUUGUUGGCGUCUUUGCCAAAAUUACACACUCACAAAUAUGCCCACCUACAAAUUCAUUAGCAUAUAUAUAUAUAUAUCCAUUUGAUGAAUUGACCUGUCCAUUACCAAGCGAAACAUAUUGAUUUACUCAACAUGAUUCUUAUUCAACUGUUUAUCAUUUGCAUCAUAUAAAUCAUUGAAUAUGUUCACUGUAGUACAGAGUUGUUUUUAAAAAGAUCUGUUACGUAAGAUAUCCAAUAUGUAUAAACGUAACUGAUCAAUUGUUUUCUAUCUCAAUUUUGUUUAACUACUAUUGUGGUGUGGCCUACUUAUAUCCACAUAAGUAGUAUAUAACGAUGGUCAAGAAUAGAGUGUAUUUCAGUAGAAGAUCGUUAAGGAAGGAACGGGAACGAAACGCGAUCGGUAUGAAAAUGCAAGAACAAUGAAAUCUGAGAUAAUGGACUGAUAUUUGCAAACGGAACAGUCAAGUUUGAAACAAUGGAUUGAUAUGUUGCAAAUUAACUAUUUACUAUAUGGUUCUCAGAUUUUUAGUGAGAUGCUCUGUAAUUUCUUGUAAAAUACAUUCGGUUGUUUCCACUCGUGUUCAUAUUCACUACACUAUCAAUGAAUUACAAACCGAUGAAAAACAUAAAAUUUUCUAAGAAAAUUUUCAAGAAAUCUAAUGUUUACAUGAGAAACAAACAUCAUUUCUAUUACUCUAAAAUAGAUUUAAGAAAAUGUUAUUACAUUAAACUGACUUAAUUACCUUCACUAUAGACCAACUAACAAAUGAUCAAUCAAUAAGUGUUUAUAGCUGAUGCAAAAUAAUGAUGAUAGAUAUAAAUAGAAAAACAAAAAAAACUGAACUUUUAAUCCAUCUCAUUUUAAUUUCAAGUUCUCUGUGUUUAAAUGUGGUAACAGUAUUGAUGAAUGGGUUAUUUAUAAGAAAAAAGGAAAGAAAGAAGUUUGGAACAUUACAAUAUUUAUAUGAACAAAGUUAUAAAUUUCCAUUGUCUUUGUGUGAAGUGAAAUUUGGAAAUGAAUUCCUAAUUGAUCAUCUGAAAAAAUUUGGGAAUUUUUGUUUCCCAUCAGUUCCACUAUGUGAUAUUAAUUGUUCGUUUUAUUUUUUAUUAUAAAAUAAAG